ACCAAUUCACCCAGAAGGCUGUUAACUUCCUGUUGAAUUUCCAGCGCAAUAUUUUUCACGUUUUUCGCAGUUGUGAAAUACGUUGUUAAUCAAAUCAAAAAGAAGAAUUGUUUAUUUAUAGAAAAGUAACUGAAGUAAGACAGUCAUGCCGAAAAAUAAAGGAAAGGGAGGUAAAAAUCGCAGGAGAGGGAAGAACGAAAACGAAAAAGAAAAGAGGGAAUUGGUGUUUAAAGAUGAUGGUCAAGAAUAUGCUCAAGUUACAAAGAUGCUUGGCAAUGGAAGAUUAGAAGCUAUGUGUUUUGAUGGUGUUAAAAGAUUGUGUCACAUUAGAGGAAAAUUAAGGAAAAAGGUUUGGAUAAAUUCUGGAGACAUUAUUUUGCUGGGGUUGCGAGAUUACCAGGAUGCUAAGGCCGAUGUGAUAUUGAAAUAUACACCAGAUGAGGCUAGAAAUCUGAAAACAUACGGAGAACUGCCAGAAUCAGCUCGUAUUAAUGAGAAUGUUGAUGAUGGAGACCAGGAGGGAGACAACAUCACAUUUGACGACUUUGAUGGAUCAGAUGAUGAAAUUGAUGACAUAUGAUGAAGUUGGAUGUAAAGUCAUUGUGUAUGAAUGCUGUGGAAAAAAAAGAAUGCUUGGAAUCAGGAACAUUUUGUAUAUAGAAUAGGACAGUUAAUAAAUUUUUAGAAGACUUAGAAUUAAGUCUUCCAUGAGUAAGUCUUUCAGACAUUUGACUUGAACAGAGAUAGUAUAUGGAUACUACUGUGAUUUUCAUAAGGGAUUAUACAAUGUGUCUAACACAAUGGUUUCUAUUGUGUUAAAGAUGUAAACCUAGGCUGUGAAGGAUUAAUAAUUGAUAUACACAUGUUGCAGAUAGAUAUAAACCAUUUAUGUGUGUGUGUGUGUGUGUACUCAUACUUCUGUCUGGCUGGUAACAUUUAUGUAUUAAAUAGAAUACAGGCUGCAUUUCCAUAUCAGGGAAAUAGUAAUUAUGUCUCCCACCUGGUGUGGGAGACAUAUUAAUUUACUCCUGUCUCGUGUAUCUUUGUGUCACAGAUCUUGUCCGCACUGUAAGUCAAACAUUUCUCAUCCGAUCUUCACCAAACUUGAACAAAAUUUGUUUGCCAAUAAGUCCUCGGCCAAGUUCGAUAACUAGCCAAAUCGGCCCAGGCACUUCGGAAUUAUUUUGAUAAUCAAAGCACUGAAAGGCUGAUAAUACGGUUGUGGGAGACAUGCACUUUUCUCAAAAGCAGCUCUAGUUGUAAGUAAUAUCAAGAAAAUAAAUCAAGAAUUGACUCUUAGAAGGUCAAGUAUUUUUCAGAAUGCAUUUUACUUAAUUACUGUAAUACAGUAUCUGCCCUUUAUGCAGUUUAAACAGAGUUAUGGGACAAAAAGUUAUCAACUUCUCUUAAAGAAUCUGUACACAAGAAGAAUGAAUGAUGUUGCGUGAUGUUCAAUUUAUUAUUAUUUGUUAAAUCCAUGUUAGGAGAACCAGUACUGUUGUAAUACUUGAAAAUGUUUAUAAAAGCAUGUAUUUGUUUAAUGGUCAUUUGGAGAACUGUAUCUAGGUAAUGGCCUUUCGGGAAUAACUUUCAAACUGUUGCUAUGGGUCGAUCAGCUGAGGGUAACAGGCCUAAGUUUUGUCCCCAAAUACCAAGACAGAGGGACAGUAGUUUUGACUUGUUUCUAAAAAUCAUGUUCUAUUAUUGAAGUUGUUAAAAAUCUGUUGAUUCAACAGUGCUUUGAAAUGCGGUCUGUAAAACACGAGUAUCAGAUAAUAUUAGUUCUCGAUUGUCCAUUGUCUGUAUCAGUAAAUAGUUUCUACGUAAGAGGUUCAGUAGCUAGCAUACCGGGUAAAUAUUACAACAUAUGGUUAAAAAGCUCUUCUUAGUUUUAGAUUAACAAUCAUUUGGGUCAGUUCAUGUGGAAAUGUAAAAAAAUUUAAUGCAGAUAAUGAAAAAAAUGCUAUUAUUUAUUGUGUUUUGUAAAAGUUUUUAUUUAAUACGAAUAUGUCAUUGAAAAACUUGAUGUUUAACAUUGUUAAAUUGACAAUAUUACAAAUGCUUCAUGUAGAGUCAAGUAAUUUCUAACAGUUGAUUUCAUUUGAUUUAAAACAUUUUGGCCUUAGAGAUAUUUUAGAAGUAAUUACCGGUAAUAUGUAUUUAAAGAAGCUAUCACAAAGUAGUAGAUUGAAAAUAGGACUCACAAUUAAGAUUUUCUCAAUAUACAUGUACUUUUUGUAAGGUUUUGACAGUAUACUUAAUGUUAAGAUUUUCUCAAUAUACAGUGUGUUAAGUUUUCUCAGUACACAAAGUUAAUCAAAAUAAUGGUUCACAGGUCUACAACGAUGUAAACCAAAUAUGUGUAGCUUUUUGUGCCUCUUUGUUUCAUUAUUGUUUUGUCUUAAGUCUGCAAAACUUUAUUUAAAUAUCUGGGUUCUCUGGUCUUUGUUUUCUCAAUUAUGUCAUGUCAAAUAAUCUCCAUCAUUUAAAUGAAAAAAAAAACAAGAAAAAAAGAAAGAUAUUUCAAAUUGAUAUUGUUCUCCGAGAGAAAAAAAAUGUUAAAAAUUUUGAACAUCAAUAAAAAUUAAUAAAACAUUUCCAUUUAAA